AUGGAGGAGAAGGAGAAAGCCCAAACGGAGAAUUUCAGCUGCAAGUUCUAUGGGGAUUUUUCUUUGGAAAGUAAUCCUGUGACUUUUCAAGAUGCCAUGAAAGUCUACAGCGAUCUGCCCCAAAAGCUCGGGGAGGAUGGAGAGAAGGCUGUGCCUGUCAGAGUUUGGCUGUACCCAUUGACCAAGCUAGAUUCCAGAGCAGCUAAGAUGGUGCGUGAGAUCAGCUUAGCACUGAUCUUUGAUGCUCAAACUGUCUUGGAGAAUCUGAAUGAAAUCAACAUGCGAUGCAAUGAUCUGGCUAUGAAUCCUGUUGCUGAAAACUUCCCAGAAUUAAAGAAGAAAAUCAAGAGAUUCAAGGAUCUGUGCAAGCAGCACAGGCAGACUUUCCAGAAACACCUGGCAGAAAUCCUGCCUUUGAUCCGGGGAGGCGGGAAAGAGGAAAGAGUUCUGGUGGACAUUUUAAUGUCCAUUAACCAGUCUCCCUUCAACAGCCAAAGACUCAGUGAGUUUUUGGAUGCCAAGGAAAAAGAGAUUAAUUUGUUGAAUUUUUACCUUAGUAUUCUAAGUGGAAUGGAAGUAAUCUCUUCCCAGAACAAACUGGUAGAAAUCGUGCUAAACCCUGCAAAUGAGUUUGUUGUCUCAUUUACCUUCACUUCUUUACAUGAUGAGGAACCAUUUUUAGCCACCUUACAAGACUGGCUUCAGAAAGAUUUUGUUCAGGAAACAGCAAAUUCCACCAGUGGCCAGUCGACACCCAAGAACAAAGAAGCCUGGUUUGAGCAUCAAGAGAGAAUUUGGAAUGCUCGUAACGCUGCCAAAUCCAUUACAGAUUUUUCCCAGGUCAAUAAAUCAAACGGGAAGACCCGGUUCCUUGUGGCUUCUGUCCCAGAUCAGGACAACCCAGGAGCUUCCAUUUACCUCUAUGAAGAUGGGAAGAUGGUCAGCAGCAACUUUGAGCUGCCCUCAAAACCUCUCCCUCCCCUGGUUGGCCGAACUGGACAUGACCAUGUGCAGCUGACAUUUCAACCUGCGGAGUAUGGGAGGGCUGCAAUCUCCAGCUAUCAAGUAGAGUACAAGAUUGCAGGAGAAGAAAAUUGGAAGAUUGUGAAUACUGACGACAGUCAGGAGACAUUCCAAGUGAGAGGGUUGAGCGCAAACACAGAAUACCAGUUUCGAUACAGCGCUAGGAGCAAACCAGGACUUAGUGAGACCAGCAAUGUGAGUAAAUCUGUACAGACACUUCCUACCAGCCCUCCUGGGGAACUGAGAGUGAUAAUCGCAGAGUCUUCCAAAAUCAGUAUAGCCUGGGAGAGCCCAAAGGUCAUUGGCCAGGGAGCUGUUAUAAAGGAAUACAAAGUGGACUACAGUGAAGAGGCUGGAGAGGCAAAAAGCAAGGACAAAGAUGAAUGGGCUGAAAAAAGAACAGGGAAGAAAACAGAGUUCUGUGAGAUGGAUGGUCUGAAGCCCCAGACACCCUACAGAUUCAGAGUCUCAGCCAUGUGUGCCGAUGGGGCUGAGAGUGAGCCCAGCAUAGAGAUUGAGGUUUCCACAUUGGAAGGAGACAAGAGAGUAGCUUGUAAAUACCUCCAAGGCAGCACCCGCGUGGAGGAUGGGCCACCAGCAGUGUAUGCUCUGCCCCUGGAGCCCAUACAGGAUGCCUCUGGAUCCUGUCUAACAUACCAGCUAGGGAAAGAGAACAUUCAUGCCCCCAACAAAGUGAUCAUGGUGAUGGGGGCAACAGGAUCAGGGAAAACCACUCUCAUCAAUGGAAUGAUCAAUUAUGUCCUGGAUGUGCAAUGGGGAGAUGAAUUCCGAUUCAAACUUAUUCAUGAAAAUACCAACAGAAGCCAAGCUCAAAGCCAAACAUCAGAAGUGACUGCCUACGUUGUCCACUACUGCAAGGGUUUCCAAGUCCCCUAUUCCCUCACCGUUAUUGACACUCCAGGAUUUGGAGACACAAGAGGAAUAGAGCAUGACAAGUUGAUAACAAAGCAGAUCCGGGAGUUUUUCUCCUCCCCAGGGGGCACUGAUCAUAUAGACGCCAUCUGUAUUGUCGUCCAGGCCUCUUUUGCUCGUUUAACUCAUGCCCAGAGAUACGUCUUUGAUUCUGUGCUCUCCAUCUUUGGCAAAGAUAUAAAGGACAACAUCCAAGUCCUGAUCACAUUUUCAGAUGGAAAGACCCCUCCUGUUCUCGAGGCCAUUAAGGAAGCCAAUGUACCAUGUGCUAAGAAUGCCAAGGGCACCCCUGUGCACUUCAAAUUCAACAAUUCAGCACUGUUUGCCAACAAUCCUGUGGAGCCGGGAGGCAACUUCAAUUUUGAUGAAAUGUUUUGGAAAAUGGGCACCAUGAGCAUGAAGACCUUCUUUGAUUCAUCCCACACGCUAGAAAGCAAGAGCUUAACAUUGACAAAGGAAGUGCUCAUGGAGCGAAAAGAGCUUGAAGCUGCUAUUGAAGGGUUGCAGCCCCAAAUCAAAGCUGGACUGGCCAAGCUAGAAGAACUGAGGAAGACGCAGGAAGCCCUGGACAAGCAUAAGGUUGACGUGGCGGCAAACAGAAACUUUACAUAUGAGGUAGAGGUAACUGUACCAAAGAAGGAGGAUAUAUCUGGCAUGGGAAAAUACAUAACUAAUUGCAUGAAUUGUCACUUCACCUGUCACUAUCCUUGUAGAAUUCCUAGAGAUGAAGAUAAGCAUCAUUGUGCAGCUAUCAAUAAGAGGACAGGAAGAUGCAAAGUCUGUCCAGGCCAGUGUGAGUGGAGUGUGCACUUCAAUCAGAAAUACAAAUUUGAAUAUACAACAAGAAAAGAGAGCAGGACCUAUGAAGAACUGAAGCAAAAGUAUGAACGUGCCUCUGGUGAGCUGAUGACCACAGAGAAAUUGCUUAAAAAUCUUAAUGAGGACUAUGAAGAAGUGAAGGACAUCUUAGAAGAGCUUAUCCAGAAAUCAUCUCAAAGCCUCCAGCGCCUUCAGGCGAUUGCACUGAAGCCCAACCCACUCUCUACCCCAGAGUACAUUGAUCUGCUCAUCCUGUCCGAAGAACAGACGCUGAAGCCUGGAUAUCAGCAGCGAAUCUGGUCCCUGAAGGAAGUGAGGAAAGUAGCUGAGUUGAUACAGAAAAUUGCCAACAAGGAGCCUCUGCUACCUGGAGAGCAGAAGCUGUAUGAUCAAAUUGAAGUAAAAAAGGCCUCUCGAGGAGGCAAACUUAGGAAAUGGGGGGAAGUUGUUCCAAACUGGUUUAAACAAGGGGAUCAUAUAUAGCUUUUCAGGCACGCUUUGUUUGCUUUUGGCUAUCAGCAGAGAGCUCAGGUUCUGUGGGUGUAAUUCAGACCAGAGUCUCUUGCUCUGUGUGCAUACUUGGGUGAAGGUGGCUGUGAAAACAUUUGCAGCUGUUGUGAGGUGAGCUUAUCCACAUCUUCAUUUGCCCGGCCACUUUUGCUCGGGGAAACCUGAUCUUUAGUGCUGAAUCAGAACUAACAGCAAUCGGGUUUUCCGUGGAAUGCCAUUUGUUCUGAUUUAGCGCUAAAGAGCAGGCUGGAGGAAAGCAGUGGGGCAAAGGCAAAAUUGCUUGGAGCUGUGCCUGGAAAGUGUGAGACGAGAUGAAAACUGCUCAAAACCAUGCUUCCCAGGCACGGAACAGACAGAAGUGUGAAUGAGCCCUUUGUUGCUGCAGACAAAAUGCUUCCCAGUCAUUGUUCCUACCAGCUUAUUGUCUAAUUGGUGCUGGGUGAAAUGCUGUUCUCUCCAGGGAUUUGUAUUACCUCCGAUGACUGCCAAUAAUAAUAAUAAUAAGGAAAGUGAAUGGGGCCUGCUUCUAACCACCACAGAAUAAAACAUGCCCAUAAAUCUGCCUGCCCUAGCAGUCUUUGGAACGUGAUUGGAAACUUGGGGUGUUGCAGGAAUGCUCUUGACAGGAGCUGCUUAUGGCCCCUUUGUCCUAGCAAGCUUUUGACCUGCCUGAUUGAUCUCUCUCCCAUUCUGAGGCAUUGCUUAUUCUGUAUUGUUCCUUAUCCAUAGAAUCUUAGAAUUGUAGAGUUGGAAGAGACCCUGAGGGUCAUCUAGUCCAACGCCUGCAAUGCAGGAACUCAACUAAAGCAUCCAUGACAGAUGGCCACCCAACCUCUGCUUAAAAACCUUCAGUAAACGAGAGUCCACAACCUUCUUUUUUUAAAAUAUAUUUUUUAUUAACCGGCCAAUCUAAUCAAAUUAAAUCACAUCACAUAAAUUCCGAAUUACAAAGCCGAAUUUUAAAUUUUUUUGGGGGGACCCAUAUUUCAAUAUCCGAAGGGGGAUUCUGAUCAUCUUCUUGCUACUGCGUUAAUGUCCAAAUCAGUCCGAAUCAAUCCAAACAGAGUUCAUAAUUCUAUCCAGUCUUUUCUUGCUCUUUCCACAUCACAUCUUGUUCAUAUAUUUUCUCUUUUUUCUUUAUGAUCUCUUCUGAUAGUCUCCUUAAGCCGAUAAACACCAAUAAUAAUCCUGUGUGAAUAUUUCCGUUCUUCCAAUCCUCAAAUCGAGAUGGUUUCCAUAUAUCAUCGCCUUCAUAGAUAACAUCGCUCUUUCCAUCAUUAAUCUCGCAAAACUGUCGCUCUUAAGUCCCUCUGAGGAGUUUCACCCACAAUAUAAAAACAGCUCUAUUUCUCUAUUUCUCCUCCCAGACUCAAGACCUCCGACAGAACUUCCCAAUAUGGCAACAGCAUUUUUAACUGCGUCAUUCCAAAGCUCUUAUACAUUCCACGCUCUUCUUAAAACAUGCUUUGGUUCGAAAGUUUAUCUCCACACAGCCUUAAAUCCACAGCUUAAGUCCUUAAUACGACAUUUCUGACUUGUAAGGGGAGGGGAUUCUUGUUUAAUCACAUAAGGAAAGAAAGUAAAGUUUUUUCCCCCCUCCCCCAUCAGUCAUUUGCCAUACCGAGUCUUGGCGUAUCUUCUCAUGAUUUAUUCUUGUUCCUCCGACUUGUCUUGUUUUAUCAGAGAUCUCUUCUGUUAGCAGUCUUUACUCCCCCUCCUUCCUUGAAAUAUGUGCAUUCCUUCAUCCAAAUUGUUUCUUUUGAAGUUCUUGCCGCUAGUGGCGCAGAUGAGGGACGGCGUCCAGGAGCGCCGAAAUCCCACAGGAGGGCUUUGUGCCUAGUGCCCCCAUCCCCACAAAUUCGGGGGUGGUAUAGGGCACAGCAGGCAAGGGCAGUCCCCCCCACAUCCUGGGGGAGGGUAGGGAGGCUAAUUACUCCCAUCAUAGCCUCCAAAUUACCUCGUGUGGGUCGGAGAGAUGUUAUUGUCAGCCAUCUUCUGAUGCGCCCCCUAGUGGCUCUCAAGAGUCCACAACCUUCAGAGACAGUCUCUUCCACAGUCAAACUACUCUUACCAUCAGAACGUUCUUCCUAAUUUUUAGUCAAAUCUCCUUUCUGGUAACUUGAAUCCAUGAGUCUGGUUCCUACCCUCUGGAGCCUCUGGACCCUCUGGAGUAGAGAUAUGAAGAUGUUUCUCCUGUCUCCUCUUAGUCUCCUCUUCUCCAGGCUAAACAUACCCGGCUCCCUCAACCGUUCCUCAUAAGGCUUGGUUUCCAGAGUAUAUUUUCAACUGGCGACUGAUUGGAAUCUCUUUGUGUGUGAUUACUUGUAAUAUUUUUUCUUUCAUUUUCUCAUUGUUAGCCAUCUAGAUGUAUUUUUGAAGAUCCAGUAGGAUAUCAUUUCUUUUUGAAAACACUCCUUAGCACUUAACCCUGGAUAUAUCUGCAUUUUGGGGGAGAAUAUUUUCUUUGUACCAGCAGUGCCAAAGAGGCUCCCUGCCAAGGAAUUCCUGGAGCUGAAUCAGAAAUCCAGUCGGAAGGGUCCAUGCCUAGAAGCCAUAUUCACCAGCAGGCGACUAGGGCAUGACCAGAUCACCUCUGCGGGCUGACAACUAGGUCAGACCAGAUCCUGCCUCUUUCCCUGCACUGGGAGACUGCUGAGAAACUUGACUGCCGGAGAUGUCUUGUCACUUUGCAUUUUGAACCCUGCACGCUGUAACCACAACUGCCCACUGAUUUAACCCAUAUUUGGGGAGUCAUGUUUUGCUGCUCCUUGCCUGCUUCCUGCAGCUGUGCCGUGAAACAGCCUCUAAAUAAAAGCUACUCUGUUCUUUAAGAAGGGUCUCAUCAGUGUCUCCUGAGCAGGGCCUGUGCAAGACAUUUUGCUACCUGAGGCGAAUUACAAGAUGGCAUCCGUUCCUCAUACAGAAGUCGGAUCAGCAGUUGGACCUUAACCCAGCCUGACUGCUGAGAGAGUGUCUCCACCACACCUGAGGCAGCACGAGAUUUUAGUAGGGCCAGGAGGACAUGCUGGGUAGCAGAGCUGGGCACCACAUUCAGCUGAAGCCCAAAUCCUUUCCCCAGUUUUUUAUAAUUAAGGUUUUAUUCAGACUUUUCAUAUUACAUUUCAUUGAAAAGCAAACUGAUCUAAAGAAGAAGAGAAAGAAAGGUGCAAAGUCCUCUCUGACAGGUAGAUCUUAACUCUUAACCCGCACAGGAGGGAGGGAUCCGGGCUUGGGUCAAGUUGGGUCGAGACAGCCCCAGAUCAGGUCAGGCCCCUCGCUGCGAUCCAGAACUGUCAGGUGGCCAAACUGAUGGUAGCACCAGGCAAGCUUCUGUGGAAGAGUCUGCCUAUGAACCUGCCUUACUCCAGAGAAGUCCUGGGGGUCAUCUUUCCCAGGAUUCUGACUGGCAACGGCUGCCUCAUGCAGAGGUCUCUCAAGUCCUAGUCCAACACUCUAACCACUGCACCACACGGACUAGGAUGGUUGGGAAAUGGCUCCCCAGCUGUGACUUAGCCAAAUGGCUCAGUUUCAACCAUUUGUUCAGAUUAUUCUAAAUCCGAUUGCAAAUGUAUUCUGGUUCAUAAAUGCAGACAUUUUGUGGUUUUCUAAUAUUCUGCUAAACUAGAAUUGGUAAUAUGUGAGAUUUCCCCCUGUCAUUAUCAAGUCUGUUUCCUGUGGAUGUACUCCAGAUUCAUCGGCUAGAUUUAGCUAACACCCUGGGAUCUCCAUUGACAAUCACACCUGCAAAAAUGCAAUCUCCCC